CCUUCGGGUGAGACGUCAUCAGUAAGCGACAAAGGACAGGUGUCCGAGGAAUAUUCCUGAACUCGAAAAGUGCAACUUUCUCUUUGAUUGCAUUUUAUAGAGUCUUAUUUCUUGUACUGUCAAGAACAGAAUGUGGAAUAUGCUUUCUUGUUUGAAAUAAGUAGUUCUGUUGUAUUCUACGUGUAUUUAUUUUAGAAAAGCCCCUCCGACGUGAAGAAACCGAAUCUCUUGAGUUUCCUUAGUCCCUACGAAAGAUCUACGUUAAGCCCAAUGUGGGUUGAUACACAGUUCUGGCUUUCAAUGAAUCUAGCCAACUAGCUGCCAGGGCCAUCAGUCUGUCCGUUUGCUUCAAAUAACAAGGUGUGAACAUGAUUAACACCGAGAAGAAACCUACGGGAGGUGAUGCUUCUGCGAAGGAGGCCAGCGAAAAGAAGAAGGAGAGUGAGAAGAAGAAGAGGUCACGGGUGAAACAGCUGCUGGCAGAUGUGAAGAAGCAGGUGGAAUUCUGGUUUGGGGAUGUCAACCUCCACAAGGACAGGUUCCUGAGACAGCUUGUUGAGCAAUCAAGAGAUGGUUAUGUAGAUAUUUCUGUGUUAGCCACCUUCAAUCGAAUGAAAAAGAUGACGACUGAUGUCAAGUUGAUUGCAAGGGCCCUUAAAAACUCAAGUGUAGUCGAGGUGAACCUUGAGGGAACAAAAAUAAGACGACAGCAUCCACUAGGAGAGGAGCCAAAAAAUGUGGACGAGCGCACCGUCUACGUGGAACUGCUGCCCAAGAAUGUGACACACAGCUGGAUAGAGCGGGUGUUCGGCAAGUGCGGGACCGUAGUUUACAUCAGCGUCCCGAGAUACAAGUCCACUGGACAGCCAAAGGGAUUCGCCUUCAUCGAGUUUGAGACGGAGGAACAUGCGCAGAAAGCCACUGAGAUGCUGAAUAACCCUCCCGAAGAUGCUCCCCGGAAGCCGGGCAUCUUCCCCAAGACCAAGAAGAACAAGCCCGUUGCCCUCCCAGGCCCGGAGGACACCCCUCUCGAAGAGAAGAAGAAGAAGAAGAGGAAGAAGUCUCGUGCUGGUCGGAAGGAGAGCACCACUCAGCCAGUGCCCGAGACCAAAGAGCAGGAAGCCGUGGAGGAGACGGAGCCCUCCGACAGGAAGAGGAAACGCGCAGCGGAGGGCCCGGAGUCUGAGGGCCAGGAUGCACCGAAGGACCCAGCCAAGCGGGAGAAGAAGAGGAGGCGGUCUCAGAGCGUAGAGGGGUCCAGGGCCGACACGCAGGGCGAGACGCCCGCCAAGAUGAAGAAGAUGGCCGAGGUAGAGGAGGACCCCAAGGAAAGCGAGGAGGCCGAAAAUGAGGUCAAAGUAGAUUCUGCUGAGGGUGAGAAGGAGAAAGAGGAAGAUGAAGAGGACGGGAAGAAGGAGGACUCUCUGUUGAAGGCCAAGAGGAAGAGGAAGAAGAAGCACAAGGAGCGACCCAAGAUUGGCGAAGAGGUCAUUCCCCUCCGCGUUCUUUCCAAGAAAGACUGGCUGGACUUGAAGCGGGAGUACGUAACGCUGCAGAAACGUAGCAUGGCCACUCUCAAGAAGUCCAUGGUCAGCCAGAAGGGUAAUGGAGAAAUGGAGCUUGGCUCCACCAUGGAGAGCAAACAGACUGCCGACAUGAACAAUAAACAGGAGCGUGUGUGCGACAAAGAGGCGUCCCUCGGCCCCCAGUUUGAGAGCGGCGUCAUCGUGAAGAUCACGCACAGCCAGCCACUACCAGGAAGGAAGUGUAUCAAGGAUGCCCUGUCGGAGGUGUCUGCUGUCGUGUACGUAGACAUUCUGGAGGGGGAUGCGGAGGGGCACGUCCGUUUCAAAACCCCCGAAGAUGCCAAGGCAGUGAUCACGGCUCGCUCCGAGAUCCAGAGGAGGCACAACUGGAGACUGGAGAUCCUCUCUGGUGACAAUGAACAAAGAUACUGGCAGAAGAUUUUGGUGGACCGGCAAGCUAAACUUAAUCGUCCGAGGGACAAAAAAAGAGGCACAGAAAAGUUGAUUGCGAAGGCAGAGAAAAUAAUCACAGCCCAAGCAAAGGAGGCCAGUAAGCACAUCCGCUUCCUGGAAGACUGAACUUCCUGAACAUCGUCUCCAGCUGAUGACUCCCACACCGGUGUGCAGGACAGUUUGAGUCAGCGUCAUUUUUCUUCUUUUUUUUUUUUUUACUAUUUUCAGACAAUCUUGAAUAAUGUGACUGGGGCCUAACGUGGCAAGGUUUCUUGAAUAUGUUGCUUUUACAUUGACAUGACUCGUCUUGAGUUUGAUGCAUUUUUAUUUUGACCUUUGUGAUGAGAGUGGCACAGACUUGUUACAUGCCAUUUGCUUUGUUUCCAGGUUUACAAGUGCGAUUUGCAGGAUGAUAUUAUAUAUUGAAUAGAAGGGAAUUCUGUAUAUUAAUACAGCAAGUACACCAUGGUUGAAAAAUUAUAACCAGAAUAUUAUGGUAAAUUUGUACCUUAGAGUGUUUUGUAAAACGAUGCACACACAAAUUCACAUUGAACUGGUUUCAGCAAGGUUUUUAUGAGUUGAGUUUUAUUAAAAGCUUGUGUUUUAGUUUAAAUUUGUUUCCUAUGUUUGUGGAAACUAGAACAAGAUCAACAAAAUUUUGCCAUGUAUGAAGAUGUGUAUAUAAUGUAAAUAUGGCAGAAUGUGCCAUUCUUUUGUUUUUCUGGCCCCGGUUACCUCAUUUACAGAGUUCAUGAAUUUCAGUAUUUUUUGGUAAAUAAAACGCCGUGUUGAAUGAA